AAAGUUGAGACAAAUUAGGUGUAACAAAUUCAAGUAAAAUUUGAGUUUUUAUUCUUCAGUGAGUACUUAAUUGCAUAUGUCAUAUUGUAUGAUCGCUGUUGUCUUUUUUGGUUAACUUUUUCCCACCCUCCAGUGUGUACACUGAAAAAGCCACUGGGCAGAUAACAACAGAUAAAUAUAAACGUAAAUAAACAAGAGAUUCAGCCAUUAUUUUGAACUCAAACAUUACCUCUUUCAGACCCCGGCAGGAGGUAGGAAAACAAUGGCCACCUUUGUAUUCAGCUUACUGAAUACAAAUCUUGAAACAAGUUGGAAACAUGACUUGUAUGGAUAUAUACUUGCGUACAGACUUGAUUUAAUCUUUUUGUUUAAAUUAAUUUAACAUUCUUAUUUGUUUCAGUCUAAUAUAUGCGGCUGUGCUUUAUGAAAUGCAGUAUUUUAUUAGUACUUUCCUUUUUUUGCAUCCGUAUUCUAUCCAUUCAUACUCUCAUAUUUCAUUUAAUUUUGUUAUUGAUUUUUAAUCUCUUUUCUAUCAUUCAUCAUCCUCCUGUCUUCUGUCCUCAUCACGGUCGCCUACUUUGUAAAUGAUUGUUUGAUUGGAGCCUAGUUAGUGUGGUCAUUCUUUGUGCAGUCAUGCAGCUGCAAGUCAUUCGCAGGGUUUGCGGGGGGAAGUGGGACGAAGCACGAUACACUCAGACAAAGGGGAGGGGUAUUGUAGCCGCUGUGUGUGUUCGCCCUUCAAGCUCUCUUUUGACUUUGACCUUUGGAAGGCGUCACUCAUGCAGAGAGAGCAUGUGAAUGUGUGCAUGUGCUUGUGUUGUGUGUGUGUGUGUGAGAGGGAGAGAGCAAGAGAGACAGAUAAGCUGGUCGCGUUGUUUGUGGGAAAGACAAAGAACUAGAGGAAUAAUUUGUUUCCCUUCCGUCAGCACUUUUUAGCAAAUGGUGUCAUUUGAGAUAAAGGAAGAAACUGUCGGACAAGGAGAAACGUGACUGUACUCCAUGGAGGCAUUAAAUGCCACUAAGGAAGGAAAGUAAAGACAUGGGGAUUUAACUGCGUGACCAUUCGGAGAGCUGGAAUAAAAUGCCCACAUGAAACGUUCUGCAGCUUUGGUUCCAUAGUGAUUGCCUGUUUCCUGAUGGAGAACCGUGCCGGAAGACUGUGAGGAGAAGUUUUAAGAAAGAAAGAAAUAACAAGCCUAGUGGGAGACACCGAAACACACAGUGACCAUGUCCUCCAGGGACCGGCGCUCUGACCUGCACAUCAAGGCCGAGCCCAGCAGCCCGGAGGGGGGCGGCGGGGGUCUGGCCAGCCCCGGGGGGGCGUCCUCGGACUCCUCCCAGAGCGGCGGCGGGGGGAACAGCGGCGGGGGCGCCGGACGCUAUUCUCCGCCCCUUUACACCCCGCCACUGCGCUGCCACUUCAAGGACGAGGGCGUGGACGGUGUGGAGGAGGGCUCGACGGGCAGCGGGGGCGGGCGGUGCAAGUACGCACUGAGCACGCUCCCCAAGCGGCUGUGCCUGGUCUGCGGGGACGUGGCGUCCGGGUACCACUACGGCGUGGCCUCCUGCGAGGCCUGCAAGGCCUUCUUCAAGAGGACCAUCCAGGGUAACAUAGAGUACAGCUGCCCAGCCUCCAACGAGUGCGAGAUCACCAAGAGACGCAGGAAGGCCUGCCAGGCCUGCCGCUUCACCAAGUGCCUCAAAGUGGGCAUGCUGAAGGAGGGGGUGCGUCUGGACCGCGUGAGGGGCGGGAGACAGAAGUACAAACGGCGGCCGGAGAUGGAGAACGCCACGUACCAGAACCCCCCUUCUGCGCCGCAGAAGAAAGAGGGCGAGAGAGGCUCCUCCAACGUCAUCGUGUCCCACCUGCUGGUGGCCGAGCCGGAGAAGCUGUUCGCCAUGCCGGACCCCCUGCAGCCGGACACCGCCCUGCGCACCCUCACCACGCUCUGCGACCUGGCCGACCGCGAGCUCGUCGUCAUCAUCGGCUGGGCCAAGCACAUCCCCGGCUUCCUCUCCCUGUCCCUGGCAGACCAGAUGUCCGUCCUGCAGUCGGUGUGGCUGGAGGUCCUGGUGCUGGGCGUGGCCUUCCGCUCGCUGGGCUGCGAGGACGAAAUCGUCUUCGCCGAGGACUUCGUCCUGGACGAGGAGCUGGCCCGCCUGGCGGGGCUGACCGAGCUCAGCGCCGCCGUCAGCCAGCUGGCCCGACGGUACCGGGCACUGCAGCUGGACCGCGAGGAGUUCGUCAUGCUCAAGGCCAUCGCUCUCACCAACUCAGAUUCGGUCUACAUCGAGGACGUGGAGGCGGUCCAGAAGCUGCGGGACAUCCUGCACCAGGCCCUGCUGGAGCUGGAGGGCCAGCGGCGGCCAGAGGACCCCCAGCGGGCGGGGCAGCUGCUCCUCACCCUGCCCCUCCUCCGGCAGACGGCCGCCCGCGCCCUCUCCACCUUCUACAGCAUCAAGACUCGCGGAGGCGUGCCCAUGCACAAGCUCUUCCUGGAGAUGCUGGAGGCCAUGAUGGACUCGCCUUAG